CACCGUUCCUCGUCCGGUCCAACCGUUUUUUCGUCGUCGUCGUCGUCGUCGUCAUCGUCGCGUCGCGUUUCCACCCACCAAAUCCGGGUCCUCGUCAUCAAAAACUCGUGCUUUCCCGUAUUUUCGUCAGUUUUCCGACUCGGGGGUGGUCGUUUCGGGGGUUGUUUUCCCGUAUUGUUUCGCUGUCUGAUCGGCUGUUGAAGUCACCGGCCGUUCCGUUUGAAUUUCGGCCGUUGGGACGACCGGUACCGGUGUACAUAUAUAUAUAUGCAUAGUUUCGUGUGAAUCGAAAAAAGCAUCGGUUUUGUGGAAGGCUGAAACGCAACAUUCAAGGCCGACUGGUGUCUGCCGGGGAAUAUAAUAUUCCGCGGAGAUUCUCUUCUGCAGCUCCUGGGCACGUGAACGUCGUUAGUGCUUUCUUCGAUGGGCCGCCAGUCGCCCAGCUGAAGCUCACCCCUUGGAGUAUGCGGUCGACGUGCGCCAAUCGUCUGGUCCACAACUAACCCCAAGCAUCUGCUCAACGGACCACAUCUGUCUCUACCUCGGCUGGUGUACCUUCUUUGUGUGUACUGUAGGGCAUAUGACGUUUUAGUUAUUCAGUUAAUUUUUGUGAGUUUCCUACAACAACGACAAAAUUGAAAAUGGGGAACCAUCCAUCGAAUCACAUACCGUUGGAAAGGAAUUUAUCAAAGUUUGGAGAUGUCCACGCGAGGCGAAGUUUGCGGUCGCCCCGAAGGAUGGACAAGUUACGGAGGUCGUUCCGGGAUUCCUUCCGGAGACGGAGGGACCGGGUCCCUGAAAGUUCUAAACCACACCAGUGGCAGGCGGACGAGUCUGCAGUCAGAUCCGGUACCUGCACAUUCGCCGUCAAAUAUCUCGGAUGCGUCGAGGUAUUCGACUCACGGGGGAUGCAGGUCUGCGAGGAGGCACUCAAAGUUUUAAGGGGAUCAAGACGCCGACCAGUAAGGGCCGUACUGCACGUGAGUGGUGACGGACUGAGGGUGGUGGAGGACGAAACGAAGGGUCUGAUAGUCGACCAAACGAUAGAAAAAGUCUCGUUCUGUGCCCCAGAUCGAAACCACGAGCGAGGCUUCAGCUACAUAUGCCGAGACGGGACCACCAGAAGAUGGAUGUGCCACGGAUUCCUCGCGCUGCGCGAGUCCGGGGAGCGGCUCUCUCACGCCGUCGGUUGUGCCUUUGCCGUGUGUUUGGAGCGGAAACAAAAGAGAGAUAAGGAGUGUGGUGUUACCAUGAUGUUCGACAGCAAGAACAACACGUUUACCAGAACAGGGUCGUUCAGACAGUCCAGUCUGACGGAGAAGAUGGAACGAGGCAUUGACGUGGGACCAACGAAACCCACACCGGUGAAUCCGUUCGCAAUAGAACGGCCCCACGCCACACCCAGCAUGUUACAGAGACAAGGUAGCUGUAGGGGUUUCAGCACUUUGGGCCAGAACUCGCCGUUCAAGCGACAAAUGUCGUUGCGCGUGAACGAGCUGCCCAGCAACACGGCACGUCUCAACCAGUACAACACCCCCACCUCGCCGACGAACACCAACAAGCCACAGGUCUCCCCAAUUCCAGAGAUCUCACCCGGCGAUCCGGUGACCGCCUUAUGCCAGCAACUGUCGCAGGGACUGAGUCAAUUAACCAACAGCGACGACUUCAACUUCAACAAUCAGACGUCGGUCAAUCAGAACACACUCAACCUGAACGUCACCACGAUCAACAACACGUACAACCAGUCAAUUACGUCGACUCCGUCGGUCACCACCAACAUAACACCGGUCAGCCUCAACUUCAGCCCGGGUGUGAGCAAAACUGUCACUCCCAACCGCUCAGUAAACAACAGUAUUAGUUCCAACGCGAGCCUGCCCAAGCCUGAUCAAUGGCUGGGGCAAAUCGUCGGCGGGACCUCCCCAGUUUUGAGCAAAAUGGAUGGCUCACCAAGGAGGACGCCUUCUAUCGGAGCACAUUCCAGAGCCAUGUCGCUCGAUUCUGGCGCCGAAACUUAUCCUAGAUCGACCCAACCCGAUCCCUUCGACGCCGAAUGGGCCUCAGUGGCGGCAAGACAAAACACGAACAGCACUAAUCCGUUCUUGUCGACGAACACCGCACCAAAAGCGUUUCAGAUCCAGCUGUAGUUCAACGGCUGUUAAAACUCCUGUUAUAUAUUGUUGCUCAUCUGAAGCAAACUCCGCAGAUUAUGUUGCCGGGCGCUCGAUUUGUCGAUUUUGAUUCACGUGAGCGCACUUUUUGUCUGUUAUUUGUUGAAGAUGAUUUAUCGGCAAACGUAGUUUGUUGGAGACAAUGUGAUUAAAUUUGAAUGCUUUGGUUAGUUUUAGCCAUGAUGUUUAGAUACUUACUUCUAGACAUUCGCCAGGACUGAACUGUGCAAUGUUUUGUAAAUAUUAAUUUGCUACUACAGCCGGAUCUGGAACACUUACUAGAUAAUUUGCUCAUAGUUCAGAUGUUAAGCAGACUCAGGUUUAUUUUUUAUUCUAUCUCAUUUUCCUGUGCGUGUUUUAACUUAAUGACACAACACCCAUACACUAUGUAUUAAAUCAAAUUUUAUGUAUUUUUUAUGGAUGUGAUUCUUUAUUUUAUGUAAAUGUUUACAACUUAACUUAAAAGUUUAUCAAACUGUUCUCUGAAUGUAUCAGGUAUUAAACUAAAUUAAAAUUAUACGAACUAUUCUAAGGAUACUGCUGAAAAUGUAGAUAGUAAAAUACACCUGCCAUAAUAUGCUAUGCACAAAUAUUAAUAUUAAUACUACAGAAGUACUUACUAUAAUUAUAGUCUUUCCAAUUUAUCUAAAUGGAUUUUAUAACAGUAAAAAAGUCUGAAAUGUUUAAAGUAUUCAAUGAAAAAUUGAGUAUUAAGCAUAUGUACAGGAGAAUCGAAGGACGACUAAUUUCCUUGUUUUUUCAUAUUCAGUACUGUAAACGAAGUCUACAUCGAAUUUGAUUCUCUUGUGGAUAUUGCCAGAGGUUGAGUUUAUUUAUAAAAGGGUAAACAAUGUUGGCAUUCCAUAAACUGCUUUUUUUAUAGGCAAUAGAAAGUUAUUUUCCGUCCACCGGUCAGUAAGACACAUUUCAACGUUAAUUUGUAUUAUUUAAUAAUUAUAACAACUAAAACUUUGUCUACUUAAUUUAUUAAUUUAUGAUUCAUGUAUAAAUAUAUAAAAUCAAAAUUCUUUUGUACUGAAUAGAGUUGAACAUAUGCAACAAUUUGUUGGUUUUUUAUGUUAAAUGUAACAUAUUGUGUAUAUGGUAUUGAAAGGAGAGAAGGAGUUGCUGGUUAUUGUUAACCAGAAUAUCGUUUUGUAAAUGUUCAGAGCAUUAUGCUAUUUACUUUUUUGUAUUUAUUUUUAUUGUGUAUAUUGGAGCACGCAACUCUUGGCACAUGUACUUAUACACUAUGUAAUAUACGAUCUUUAUUUUAUUCUGUAAAAUAGUAAUAUAUAAAUAUUACCUGUUAGAA